GUUAAUGGGUCGUACACCUGCCUGCAAAUUUGUCAGCUACUGUCUCCAAAAUGGCAGCUACUCUCUCUCCCCCUGUCAGCUACUCCUCCCAGUUACUCUCACACUUCUCUCUCUAUGCCAUUUUGCUGGUCUCUCUCAACUACUCCCUCUCCGUGUUACCGUCAGCCUUCUCUCUCUACGCUCAGCCAUUACCCAUUUUGCUACUUUCUCUACGCUCAGCCAUUACCCAUUCUGCUACUCUCUUUACUCCUGUCAACGACUCACUCUCCCUGUAUGGUAUAUACGACAGGAAUGGUCAAAGACUAUGGAUUGCUGUGCUUCUUUUACAGAGCUCAAAUCUCAGAAUCUUGCAGGGAUGGAGUUCAGGGAAGGAUUUCUGAUUUCUGAGGCCUGAAAUCAUUUUUGAGGUCGAGUAUUGGGUCUGUUUUUCAUGAAUUGUUGAAGAUCUUUGACAUCAGUAAAACCCAGUUUCACGACCAUAUUUGACACAAAAUCUCCAUUUCUGACAUUUUUUGGUAAAUAUGACAGGUAUGGUAAACAUGUCUACUUAGAUCUGUAUACCACAGACACAAGAAUUGAAUUUGCUGAAAUUUAGAGAUAGACAAAGAAUUGAAUUUGCUGAAAUUCUGCCACAGACAAAAAACAUGUCUACUUAGAGAUAGAUGUUAUUGAAUUUGCUGAAAUUUAUUAAAAAAAUUGUCCACUUUCCAUGUGAAUAGAUGUUAUUGAAUUUGCUAAAAUUUAUUUUUAAGUGAUUUUAUAGACAAAGAAUUGAAGUAUUAAAUAUAACAAGUUGAUUGAGGAUGGGAAUGUUUUUUUUUAGAAUGGCAUGGAAUGGGAACGUUAAGGAUUUGAAUUUGAACAGGGUCCAAUAUGUGAGUGGAGGCUGCAGCUUUGAGGAUUUUUUGAUGCAAGGGUCUCUGUUUCUUUUUAUUUUACUUAUUUUAUUUUAUUUAUUUUUGUUAAGUUUAGUGGUCGGAGAGGGUUGAGGGAUUGUCCCUGCAACUUGGAUGUAGAUAGUAUCCCUUAUAAUUAUUUAUUCACCAAAAACUUAUCUACUUAGAUAUGUAUGCCAUAGACACAGGCACUUCAAUUGCUCAUUUAUUUAUGAGGAGUUCUAUUUAUUUAUGAUCUUUUUGAGUACUUUUAGCAUGUUACCCAUUUGUACCUCUUUAUAUAUAAGUUUUGAAUGGUUACAUUCUUUUAAUUUACGAGCAUUGUGAACUCAUAUUUCCUUAAAUUAAAUGUUGUAUGCCUUAUUAUCCAUAUGCUAUUGGAAGAACAUUUUGAUAUGUCAAAUGUUAUAUAUACAUGUUGAUAUGUUUCUUUUUAUUAUCUAGGGUCAGUUGAAAAACUGAGAUGGACUGCACUAUUUCAUAUGAUGUGUUAUCUCCCACUAACGCAAACGUAGACAACAUGGGUGACACCAUUGAGCCCAUGGAGCAGGUUCCUUUUCAUGUAACCCCUCCCAUGAAAUUUAUAGAAAUGCAAGAUGGAGAACCUGACUCAUCAAUGAAAAGCCUAAAAAUAAAAGAACCCCAUGUAGGAAUGAAGAUUUCUUCAGAGGACGAUGCAUAUGCCUAUUAUAAGGCUUAUGCAUUAAUCAAAGGUUUUGGUAUCCGUAGGGGUUCUACCCACAACAAGAAAGGUCAAAGGAUUGAUAGAGAAAUUAAUUGCUCCAGGGAAGGCUUUCGUAGAGGCAAACAUCAGGUCAGUAGAAAGGUACUCCCUAUAUCAAGGGGUGGGUGUAUGGCUAAGUUAGGCUUGAGUAGAAAAGCGGACAACGAGUGGAUUGUUAUUAGGUCUAUUAAGGACCACAAUCACGCCCUAGUCUCUCCAAGAAAAGCUUGUUUAAUUCUCAGCCACCGAAAAUUAUCGAAUGUCACAAAGUCCUUGAUAAAUUUAAUGAGUUCGGCAAUGAUUAAGCCAAUACAUAUUCAUGACAUAUUCAUAGAGCAAGCUGGAGGAAUCGACAAUGUCAAGGACAUCGAAAAUGAAAUUGCUAAUGCUAGAAGAAAACUAAAAGGAGAAGAUAGAAAUCGAAUUAUGCAAUGGCUCUAUAAAAUGAAUGCAUCGAACCCAUCUUUGUAUAUAGAUUGAAACUAGAUGAAAAUGAUCACAUUCUCAGCAUCUUAUGGGUAGAUGCCACAUGUAAAGUUUCCUUCCAAUGCUUUUCUGAUGUGGUUACAUUUGAUACCACAUACAUAACAAACUCGUUUGGUAUGUCCUCUGCACCCACACUUGGUGUAAAUCAUCAUUUCAAUACAACUUUCUUUGGAUUUGUACUCAUUCUUGAUGAGAAGGUAGAAUCAUUUGUUUGGGUAUUUGAAAAUUGGUUAAAAGCAAUGGGUGGACGCCAACCAUGUGUUAUUCUCACAGAUCAAGACCAUGCAAUUUCAGCCACAGUGAGACAAGUUUUUUACCAGAGUAAACAUCAUUACUGCAAGUGGCAUAUACUUUAAAAAAUUAAAGAAAAACUAUGUCAUGUCUUACGCAUGUCUCGUUCUUUUUCAGAUACAUUCAGGAGGUGUGUAGCUAGUCCAACAGUAAAGGAAUUUGAAUUGGGAUGGAAAUAUAUGAUUGAAGAAUAUGAGUUGGAAAGCAACAAAUGGCUGAAUAGGCUUUAUACUUGUCGCAUGCAAUGGGUUGACGCAUAUUUGACUAACAUAUUCACCGCAUGUAUGACUUCUACUCAAAGAAUUGAAGGGAUGAACAAGCACUUGAAGAUGUACUUGACAUCCACAAUAAGCUUACGUACAGUAUUGGAAAUAUGUGCAAAGAUGCAAGAUAAGAAGGUACGAAAAGAGAAGGAAAACGACAUAAAAGACAUUUCAACUACUCCAAUCUUAAGAACAACUUCUAUCAUUGAGUCUCAGGCAUCCAAGAUCUAUACUCAAAAGAUUUUGAAGAUAUUUGGGGAAGAGGUGGCCAAUUGUAUGAAUUUUAUAAGUGAGUUAGUUGAUGACAAUGGACAGGUUGCCACUUUUAAGGUGGCAGAUGCGGAAAAUGGAUGUAGAUCAUGCUUGGUGGAAUUCAAUUCCCAUGAGAAGAUGGUUUCUUGCAAUUGUUACUUAUUCGAGAGGAUGGGCCUUCUUUGUAGGCAUGUGUUGAAAAUUUUUAUGAUGAAGAAUGUUUUUGAAAUCCCUCCCCCAUACAUAAUGAGACAUUGGUCAAAGGACGUAAAGAAGGUGGUUUUUCUUGAUGACUGUGGCAGACGACUACAUGUGACAUCUGAACUACCACGCUCCAUUCGAUAUAAUGAUGUCCUUCAGGCUAUUCGAUACCUCGUUGAGCGUGCUUCAGAAAGUGCAGAAGUCUAUAAAUUUGUAAUGUAUUUAAUACACCGUGAUAUCAUAGAGAUUGAUGGUAAAUUUGGCUGUAAGAGAGGUCCACAGGUUGACACCAUGAGCCAUGGCAAUGAUGAUGCUAGUUGUAAUGACACACCAAAUGGAAGUUACCAUUGUGAAAAUGUCCUUGACCCUCCAUGAGCACCGAAAAAGGGACAGCCUACAAAUUCAAGAAAAAAAGCUCGAUCAGGGGAAUGGAAGCCAGUGAAAAAUUCUAGAAAAUGCACAGUUUGCUAGGCCAGUGUGCAUGAUAGAAGAAAUUGUCCAUCAUUCUUCUGUAAAAAGUAGUAAUCCAUAACUUUUAGAACUUCCAUAUGAUGUUAUUCAUUGCGAAUGCAUUAUGAAAUGCUAACAGUGCAAUUUAUUUUCUUCCUACAGGGUUAUCUCCAAAGUCCGUCGUACGGUUGGUUCCCGUAAGAACGCGGGACAUAUGCAAUGAUGUUAAGCAACACUAUGUAUUAUAUUAUGUGGGUGUUGUAUUAUGACUGUUUUGUGUGGUAAUGAGUUGUUUAUUGACUGCUGAAAUUGAACUUUGACUGUUGAAUGGCGUUAUGACAAUGAAAUUUCAGCAAUUUGUAAACUAUUGUAUUGCAAACUGAUGUAGUUGGUUGUAAUUGUAAAUUGUGUAUUUGGUUGUAAUUGUAACCUACUGUAUUGUUGCAAACUGUUGUAAUUGGCUUUAAUUGUAAACUAUGUAUUUGGCUGUAAUCGUACUACUGUAUUGUAAACCAAUACGCCUAUCAAUUACUGCAGUUUAAAAAAUGGUCAAGAAUGCAAACACAUGGGUUUAGUUCUACUUGUACGUUAUCCCCCAAAAAAAAAAAAA